UCGGUUUUGGCCGUUGAGAGCCGUUGAAGGCCGAGAGCUGGGUUCAGUGCGCAGGCGUGAUGGUUUCCUUCGGUCAUUUCUCGCUGUGAGGAAGCGACGGCGCCGGGAGCGAGCGGGUGACCUUCGGGCGCUGCGUUGGGGACUCGGAGGGGUACAUUCGAUUGGCUGCUGUAAAUACUUUGAAAUGUUGUCAGCAAUGAAGUUAAUGUUAACAUUCUUUCUUUCUGGAAUUAUAGCCUGUUAUGGGGACAAUCCUAACUAUGAUUCAAUACACAAGUUACUCCUGGUAUCCUUUGAUGGUUUCAGGGCUGACUAUCUGAAAAACUAUAGACUACCUCAUCUCCAGGAAUUUAUUGAGGAUGGUGUGUUGGUAGAAUAUGUUACAAAUGCUUUUAUCACAAAAACUUUCCCAAACCAUUACAGCAUAGUGACAGGCUUAUAUGAAGAGAGCCAUGGCAUUGUUUCUAAUGAAAUGUAUGACAAAGAUACAAAGAAGAAGUUUUCACAGUUUAAUGAUAAAGAUCCUUUCUGGUGGAAUGAGGCAACUCCUAUUUGGAUUACAAAUCAGCAGCAAGAGAACAGAAGAAGUGCAGCUGCAAUGUGGCCUGGUACUGAUGUAAAAAUUAACAAUACCUUAUCUCAUUUUUUUAUGAAAUAUAAUUAUUCAGUAACAUUUGAAGAGAGAAUGGAGAGUAUUACUAUGUGGCUGAACAAUUCUAACCCACCAGUUACUUUUGCUACACUCUAUUGGGAAGAACCAGAUGCAAGUGGGCAUAAAUAUGGACCAGGAAAUAAAGAAAAUAUGAGAAAAGUCUUAGAACAAGUGGAUAACCACAUUGGUUCACUUAUUUAUAAACUCAAGAGAUUGGGAUUGUGGGAGAACAUUAAUGUAAUAAUUACAAGUGAUCAUGGAAUGACCCAGUGUUCCCCGGAAAAACUGAUUAUACUGGACAACUGCAUUGGCCGUGGUAACUAUACUCUGGUAGACCAGACACCAGUUGCUGCAAUACUGCCAAGAAAUAACAAAACAUACGUAUAUAACUUACUGAAAAACUGUAGUACUUUCAUGAAGGUGUAUCUUAAAGAAGAGAUUCCAAACAGAUUUCAUUACCAUCACAAUAAGCGCAUUCAACCUAUAAUACUGGUUGCAGAUGAGGGCUGGACGAUUGUACAAAAUGGGUCACUUACAAAAUUAGGUGACCAUGGUUAUGACAAUGCUCUCCCAAGUAUGCAUCCAUUCCUGGCUGCUCAUGGUCCUGCUUUUCGCAAAGGCUACAAGAAGAAAACAAUUAAUAAUGUUGAUAUCUACCCAAUGAUGUGUCACAUCCUUGGAUUAAAACCUCAGCCGAACAAUGGAACCUUCAGCAACACCAAGUGUUUGUUAGUUGACCAGUGGUGCAUAAAUCUCCCUGAAUCCAUUGGAAUAGUUAUUGGUGUUCUCCUGGUGUUAACUACUCUGACCUGCCUUAUAAUAAUCAUGAGGAAUAGAAUAUCCUCUCCUCGUCCAUUCUCCCGGCUUCAGCUACAAGAGGAUGAUGAUCCCUUAAUUGGAUAGCAGAUGUAGGAAAUUCUAGCUUCACUACUACAUAGAUAUUAGUAUCUGGAAAUAAGUGGUAUGUUGAAUCUGCAACUUUGCUGAUCAUUCUAUGAUGCACUUUAAAGGGUACACAUUUAAAAUUGUCUAAGAUGUACAGACAAAAACCUGUUGAACUGUUUGCUUAUGAAUCUUGACUGACAAUAACACACGAGUCAUAAAAGAAAUCUACACUGAAGGGAUCCUGUGCUUCCUACUGGGGAAGGCAUUUAACAAAAUAAGGAUGUUAAUUUUGCAUUUGGGUAUUUACAAACUUGUAAAAUAUCAAUUGUAAACUAUUGAGGCUGGGAUUCUGAACUUCAGUAUUUGUAAAUGAAACUGAGUGCAUUUUGUAUUAAAUUUAAUAGUGGUGAUCUCUUUACAAUUCUUGCACUCAUGUAUCAGUUGCAAAAAUCUGUCCUACGUCUUAGAGACUUUUUAAGAGCAGUAGUUCUCUGGCUGGUGUAUAUUGACUGUUCUGGGAAAUGUGGAUUCCAAUUUUUAACAUCCAAAAUACCAGCAAUAAAGAUUCAGCACUAACAGUAGUUCUCCAUGCAAUUUAUUAUAAGUUGUACAAAUGUUCAACUUGGAGGUGAAAUAGUCUCCUGCAGGAAUGGGUUUAUGGAUAUCAAGGUUCUUGUGACACUUCUGACUUUCUGUAUGGUCUUGUGUAAGUCAGUUGACUUCUACCACAGUUUUCCCAUUUAUAGAACUGGGAUAACACUUACCUUAUGUGGCAGAGAUGUUGACUUUAGUAGUUUAAUGUUCGUGAAAUGUUUCAACAUUCUCAAGUGGUAGUUUGGAAAUACAAAGUACUAUUAAAGAGGAGAUUAUGAAAAUAUUUCUCAAACACACCCUUACUUAACUACAUUCAGACCUUUUUAUAUAUACACUUAAACAAGCUUUAGUGGGUUUUUUUUUAAUGGAAGGCCUUGACUUCAGGGUUCAAAGCCUGCUCUGAUUAAAACAUGAUUGCAAUAACACAGGAAGAAAAAUUUGGUUUAGCUUAUUAUCUGCUUAGGUAAGGAUAUGCACAACCAAUGGGCUUUAUUCUAUGAAGGUGGUACUUUUUUGGAUCUAAACAUAUUAACAGUACAGUUCUAGUGCAAGCAAAAUUUUAUUUUCUGAAAACCACUGAAACUUUGUAAUUAAUGGGAUCAUUGUUUUUGUUUUGUUUUUUUAACUCAGAACUAUUGUUCAGUUGAGCAGAUAUAAAUACUACCAGAAAAUAACUUUUUGAACACUUGUGUGUGCAGUAAUCAUAAUUGACUAUUGGCCCAUGAGGAGAACCUUGGUAAAUAUUGAACUCCAACUUUCUUUGGCAGUAAUAGAAAAGGAUGGUAGAAUGACAGCUGAGAUUGCUGACAACAUAGGUUUGCUUGUUUGUUUUCCAUACUCUUUUGGCUCACUUGACUAGAGCUUGUAAAGUUUGGUGGUAAUUUCAGUUAAUCAUUUCGUACACAAAGUAAGAUUGAACCAUCACUUGUAGAAGUGGCCAAAGUACCUCACCUUCCCACUUUUUUUUUUUUUUUAAAAGCAGGUAACAUCUAGUUUUCAUCUAAGAGGCGACAUUCUUGGUAGUGAAACAUCAAAGCUUAAAUGUCUUUGUUUUAUAGUACAUAGUUUUUAGCUAGUGGUUAUACCGCUAUCCUGAAUGGUGCUUGCUGUAAGAUUGAAAUUGUCUUGUGACCUGAAAGGUGCAGUUAAACUCAUUUUACUUACAUGCCUAUGAUUACCAUAGGCACUUCCUUUUUUUUUUUUUUUUUUUCCAACUUCAACUAAGCACGUGCUGGAUUUCUAACAGUUGUAUUUAGCA